AUGGAACCAGCAGCUAUUCUUAACGUUAUCGAUCAGGUGGUAAUGGUUAUUCAACAAACUGUGACAGACGUUAAAGCGAAUUCGAAUCAAUGCAAGCGACUAGGAAACAGAAUCGAUAAUAUUACGUUGGCCUUGAAAUCAAUGAAUAGUCAAGAUCUAGAAAAACCAGAACUUCGAAAAAUUCUGAAUAACUAUCGUACUUGUAUUGAAAAAUGCCUUGAAUUCAUUACUCAGUUUAAAGAUGAAACAUCAUGGUUUUUGAAGAUCUUCGAAAACCAAAAUUACAAAAAGCAAUUUGAACGAUUAAAUCUUCAACUAACUCGAUGUGCCACUGAUUUCAAUUUGGGUAUUGAUUUGAAGCAAAUUUUUGAUUCUAAAGUUGAUGAGAAUGACCAAAAGAUGGAUUUAAAUGUCAUUCAAUGUAAACUUGAUGACAUGGCAUUGCUUAUGGCACAACGACAAAAUGAGCAAUACCACUACUACAAAGGCAUUGAACAAAAUAUUAAUCAGCGGCUUAAUUCAUUUAAGCAUCAUCUCCAGCAGAAUAUAAUAAGAAAAAGUGACGUUUCCAGAGAACAGAAAAUCGCCGAAGAAGAACAUGCCUUUCUCCAUAUUCCAUAUUACGAUUUGAUACAAGAAAAAAUUAUUGGACGAGGAGGAUUUGCUGAUGUAUAUCAUGGAAGAUGGCUUUCUCAAGAUCACGAAGUCGCCAUAAAAAUGAUUCGAAUUCAUUAUUUGAAUGAAAAAGUUAAAGGAGACCUUAUGAAAGAAAUUUCAAUUAUGUAUCGAAUUCACUAUGAUCAUAUUCUCGGCAUAUUUGGGGCUUGCAUGGAACCCGAAAAAUAUGCACUUAUCGUUGAGUACAUGUCUCUUGGUUCUCUUCACGAUGUUCUCAAAAACAAAACAUUACAACUAACAUGGCCUGAUCGAUGGUUGAUUGCUGGUCAGAUGACCAAGGGCAUAAACUAUUUGCAUACACUUCCAAAACCAAUUAUCCAUCGGGACAUCAAAUCACUCAACAUUCUUAUGACAAACAGUCUUAAUGGUUUUCUUGUCAAAGUCGCCGAUUUUGGCCUAGCGAAGAUACGUCAUGAAACGUCGCGUCAAUCGUCUUAUAACCCUUCGGUCGGCACUUUACCAUGGAAAGCGCCUGAGCUACUGAAAAUGGGAAAGCAUACAGAAGCUAGUGAUGUAUAUGCCCUCGGUGUUGUGCUCUGGGAACUGGGUACAAGCUAUGAGCCAUACGAGGAAGCUGAUGAUUCAACAAUCAGUGCAUUCGUUCUGCGAGGCGACCGAUUAGAUAUUCCUACAAAUAUUCCAAGUUCAUUUGCAGAGCUAGUUUCGAAAGCUUGGGCACAUGAACCCCAGAAAAGGCCAUCUUGCCAACAGCUUCUCAGUUUGAUAAGACAAGUCUCUUUCGAACUCGAUGCUACUAAAAAGUCAGAGGCUACUGGUAUGACUGACACAAUGAAAACUGAAGCAAUCACAAAGCAAGUUGAUGAAACCAUAGAAAAAUGUGAAGUAACCACAGAGAAAAUUGAAGUAUCCGAAGAGAAAAUUGUAACAGUCGACGGAAAACUUGAAGCAGCCUCUGAGAAAGUCGAUAAAGUCGAAUUAAAAGUAACAGUCGUCACUGAGAAAGUUGAGGCAGCUGAAUCAAUAGUUGCAGUAAGUACAGAAAAAGUUGAAACAACCUCGGUUGACGUUAGAACAGUCACAAAAACCGCUGAUACAGUCGUAACCAAAACUCCAUCAUCACAACAAUAUAGCAGCAGUCCUACGAAAUCGAAUGAAACAUCAAGCGCCAUCGGUAAGACUCAAAAAUAUUGACGU